AUGCGUGGCCCAAGUGUAAAUGGUAAUAGUAAUAGUAAAAUCGUUCAAUGUAUCUCUAAAUCUCCUUAUCUUAAUCAAGGAACUUCCACAUCUCAUCAAACACGUAAUUCUUUGAAGAUUACUGGUCUUAGUCCAUAUGGCGUUGAAUCAAUUGAACAACAGAAGAAACGUGCAUUGAUUCAAUUGCGGUCUAAAUCAACUGAAUUGGAAAAAUACACGUUCCUUGCUUGGUUAAGAAACACUAAUGUUAGAUUAUUUUACCGUAUCUUGAUGGAAGAAUUAGAGGAAAUCACACCGUUAGUAUAUACUCCAACUGUUGGAACCGCAUGUUUAGAAUACUCAAAUAUUUACCCAUUCCUUGCACCACCUGGUGUACCAGACGGUCUUUUCCUUUCACUCAAAGACAAAUCCAAUUUAACAGAAAUCAUAAAAAAUUUUCAACCAUAUCAAUUUGACAAAUCAUUAACUCCACAAAUUACUGUCAUCACUGAUGGUUCUAGAAUUUUGGGUUUGGGUGAUUUAGGUGUAAAUGGCAUGGGUAUUCCGGUUGGAAAGUUGCAAUUAUAUGUUGCUGCUGCUGGAAUUGAUCCUCGUCGUACUUUGCCUAUCACUGUUGAUCUUGGUACAAAUAAUGAAAAGUUUUUAAACGAUGAAUUUUACCUUGGGCUUAAACAAAAAAGAGUAUCUGACACCGAGCUUUAA